UACAUUUAACUUGAAAACUAUAAGUCAUGACUUUUAACGGAUUCUCUUCUAUAAUUUUAGUGCUUUCUCUUCUUUCUUACUCAACAUUCAUGGAUGCCCAAGCUUCUCCACCAUCACCAACCUCAACUCCUAUUGCUUCCUCACCUCCACAACAAGGUCAAUGCCCCAUAGAUAGCUUAAAGUUAAGGGACUGUGUUGGUCUUUUAGGGUUGAUUAAUUAUGGAAAUCCACCUUUUGGUGGUAAAUGUUGUGCUUUAAUAGAUGGUUUGGUUGAUUUGGAAGCAGCAACUUGUCUUUGUAUCGCACUUAAGGCGAAUGUGCUUGGAAUCAACUUGAAUAUACCUAUCAGCCUCAGCAUAAUUCUUAGUGCUUGUCAAAAAAAUGUUCCUCCUGAAUAUAAAUGUGCCUAAGGAUUUAAAUAGGUAAUGCGUGGUUGUUGAAUAAGAAUGUAUGUUCAUUAUAAUAGUUGUGUGUGAUGUGAUAUUGUUAACAACAUAUUCUCUAACAUUUUGCAUUGUCAUUGGUUGAAAUUCAUUAGCUACAUCCAGUUUAGAAAUGUGGCAAAUAUGAAGUAAAAAAAUCAUGGGAAAGUCAACCAAUAAAAUGAAAAGCUUUGCAAAAUGAGAAGAUUGAGUGUGUUGUUAACAUUUAAAAUAAUAAUUGGGCAAGCUCGUUUGCCUAAAUUAGUAUCUUGUAUUUUUAGUGAUCUGUUGUGUUAUAUUUAUUAUGUUUGUUUGAAAUAUGUUGGCAUAAU